AUGUGCCUGGCCACCACGUGCCGAGCCAUGCGCGACCGCCUUCUGAACAACUGCCUGGUGGCCCUCUGCCUGCGGCUGUCCUGCCGAAAUCGGCUGCCCUCCGGCGGACCGCCGCCGAUUACGGCCCGGCACCAGGCGGACAGCCUGAAAAAGGAGGGCAUUGAGCCAGUCGUCUUCGCCGGCUUUCAGGACACCGUUCAAACCAGGCAGAUUGCCAGUGACUAUGAUGUGAUCAUCCACACCGCGGAUUCGUUCGCGUCUGACGCUUGCAAGGCCAUGAUUCAGGGUCUUGCCGACCGCCAGCAAAAAACCGGCAAGGAGACCCAUUUCAUUCAUACGUCAGGAACGUCGAGCCUUGGAGACCGCCCGGUCACAGGGCAGUACCUGGAACCGCGCACCUUCUCGGACAAGAACGACAUCUACAGCUACGAGUGCGAAAGAGAGGCCAGGGAAUCCUACAUCCAGCGCAAAACCGACGUCGCGGUUUUCGAGACGGGCGUGGAACUCGGUGUAAAGACCUACAUCGUCAUGCCCCCGUCAAUCUUCGGCAUCGGCAGGGGACUGUUCAACAAACUGUCCAUCCAGGCGCCCACAAUCCUCCGUUCGGCCAUAAAGGCCGGCCAGGCGGAGGUCAUUGGAGAUGGAAAGGCCCAGUGGGAUCACGUUCACAUCGCUGACUUGGUGCUGCUCUAUGAGCUCAUCUUGUCCAAGCUGCUCAAGCUGGCGCACGGCAAGCAGGGCAUCUUCUUUGCCGAGACCGGCCAUCACACGUAG